AUGAAGAUGACGAUGGAAUCUUCAUCUUCCUAUCUCUAUUUAGAUACAUUUAAGACUUCAAAAAAACCCUUCAAAGAAGCUUUAAAAUUCCAAUCUUAUGUAGAUAUUUUUCACCUUUUUAGUACAACCAUGGAGAUUUUGAUUUGGGGACAAAGCAACGGUCGUGAAAAUCUGUUAGUUGACCGGAAAGAUACAUUUAACAAAACGAUGAGACCAGCUACGCUUUCUCAUUCCCUGGUACUUCUUCGUUCAGUGUUCAUGGCAAAACAUUAA